ACAAACCUGUAGAGUUAAGCUAGAGUUAAGGGUAGGGCUUUCUUUUUUUAUUAUUUUUUAAAUAAGAGACUUCAGUGCAAAGCAUUUUCCUCAGAAGGUGCAUUUAUCCUAAGUGGCUCUUGCUGGUUUACACACACCCUGUCCUUUCUCUUGCUUUGGAAAGUUGUUCCACUUGAUUGCUCAGUUUGCCUCUUUGAGUCAGUGGUGGCAGGGGAAUUAUAAAGGCAAUGAAGGAGCAGCCAAGUCCCAGGUAGUGUGUGCCAGAUUUAAGCUGAUUUAAAGUUGUGCAGACUGACUCUGAAACUUUCUUUGCACAAGGGACAACGACUUUCAGAAAAAGUUGCUCUUUUUUUUUUUUUGCCAGCAGUGUGCACCUGGCUCAGGGAACCUGCUGAGGUGUGCUCACCUUGUUUCAAAGGCAGCAUGGUCGGUGGUGCUUUGCAGAUUGCUGGGCUGCUUGUUGGUGGUAUUGGCAUGAUCGGGACGUUUGCUGUCACAGGCAUGCCUCAGUGGAGGGUGUCUGCCUUCAUCGAGAACAACAUCAUCGUGUUUGAGACCAUUUGGGAAGGCCUGUGGAUGCACUGCAUCAGGCAAGCCAACAUCAGGAUGCAGUGCAAGGUCUACGACUCCGUGCUGGCCCUCUCGCCGGACCUGCAGGCAUCCAGAGGGCUGAUGUGUGCUGGGUCGGUGCUCUCAUUCCUCGCUUUCAUGGUUGCCAUUAUUGGGAUGAAGUGCAUGCAGUGCGCGCAGAGCAGCUGGCAAGCCAAGGGCUAUAUUAUUCUGGUGGCCGGGCUCCUCUUCAUCCUCUCAGGUGCCGUUGAGCUCAUUCCAGUCUGCUGGGUUGCCAGGACCAUCAUCCGUGACUUCUACAACCCCAUGGUCAAUGUUGCCCAGAAAAGGGAGCUUGGAGAGGCCCUCUACCUGGGCUGGGUGUCUGCCUUCUGCCUCAUUGCUGCUGGAGCCAUAUUCUGUUGCUUUUGCCGCUGCUGCGAGAAAACCAGAAGCUAUGGAUAUUCCACAGCAACCCACUACCCCACUCACAGCCAGCAUUUGUACAGGAAGACUGAAAGCUCGUACUCCAAAAGUCAGUACGUCUAGAUGCCUCCUGCCUUUUCCUAUUUUUGAAGCAUUCAGUUUGUCUGGAUGGAUUUCAGCUUCUGCACAAAAGGGCAGCUGGAAAGCUGCUUUUGCCUUCUGCCCUGUAACUGCUGCUGUUGGGGCUGCAUUUUGGAGCUGCAGUUAGCCUGAGUGGGCUCUGCUGUGGCUAAUGCUGCAGCAAGGACAAUUGUAAUGCAUGGAAAGGUGAAUGUUUAAUAUUAUUUUAAUAGUAACUUGGAAUAGCUUUUGGCUUGUGUGGCUUUGCUUUGGGUUGCAUUUUAUGUGUAAAACAGUAAUAAAAGGCUUAAAGUUCCAUUGUAAUAUGAAAUUCUGGCCUGUUGCAAAGAAGUGGGGAGUUCAGUAGCUGUUUUGUUUUUUUUUCCCUACCUGGGAAAGAGGGGAUAACAGUGAAUAAGGAUAAGACAAUAAUGGUUUAAAAGAAAAGCAUUCACUAUGGGAUUGAUUUACUGUAGGUUUAAUGGGAGGUUGCAUUAAGAAUUUAUUCACUAGAGGAAGGUAAGCUGAAAUAUAUGAAAAAUAUCCCUUAUUUCAGAGAAUAAACAUAGUUCUAUGUUCAUCCUAAAUAUCAUCUUUUUGGUGAAAGUUAAUAUUCCUUUUGUAAUCCAUAUAGGUCAAACUCAUUCACAUUCUUCUUUUUAGAAGCAGCAGUAUUCCUUUGCAAACUCCUCGUGGCUUACAACAUUUUGCGAUAUUUCACAGAUCACAAACACUGUGUUAGUUACUUGCCGCAGGACUCUGUGAUAAUAUAUAUUUUUAAAUAAGAGUCUUUUGUACAACCAGGCUGAUAUUUUUGCUGAGACCCACUCACACCAGCAUAGUUUAUAGGCAUAAAGAACAUAAACAGUGAUAGUAUAUUGUCACAGUUCACAUUAAAACAAGCUAAACAAUAUUUUUAAUAAUAAGAUCAUGCACCCAUGAUAAGCAACAAUGUAAAGAAACCAAGUCUACUGAAAAAUAAAUAGUUCCAUACAAAUUAAUCUAAUAAAUUACCCAAAUAAAUCAAUAGUGGUAAUAUUUUAAUAGAAUUUUGUAACCAAUGAUUAAGUGGUAACUCCAGACCCACAGAAAUCAAUGGAAUUUUGCCUUUGACUGAACUGGGAACACAAUUCAAUUUGUGGUUUAAUAGAAAACAACAUUCUUGUUCUAGACUUUGAUUGACUUUUAAAUAUUUUAUAGAAAGUUUAUUAUGUGAUCUGUAGUUCUCUAGCAAAUUUCUUGGACUAUUACUAAUUGAAAGUUCGGAAGCAAAUUCUUCACUUCAGAAGAUGCAACUCUGAACAAGCUAGAAGAAACCAAAAUCUGCUCUGGAACUCUCUUCACAGUGUUUGUAAGAUACAUCGUAAGAUGUGCUUGAUUAUGUAAUUUUCUUUUUCUUCCUUAUUUUUAAGCAAAUUAUUUCUACAUAUGUAUAUGUGUAACGUGCAUGACCUUUCUGUAAUAUAGCAGUAUGUGGCUGUAUUUCCUCUGUAUUGCUUCAUUAAUGUUUAUGCACCAGCUCAGUCUCUUUUUUGGGUGGAAGAGAGCGGAGGAGAAAACCUGUUGUUAGUGGCAUUUUGUGAAUAUCCUACACAGAAUUAAUAGCUAGACACCAGGUUUUAUAACAGUGUCUAUAAUAAAGUCACCUGCCUAGUUCAUCCCUCUAAAAGGCAGGUACAGGAUAUUACUCAGAAAACUACAUGUAUACGUACUAGUGCAUUGUAGUUAUCUCUGCUGUCAAAACACAGAGUGACUCAUACAGUAUUCUACAGGUCUGAGGCAAGCCUCAGUGAAAAGUGAGAUAAGCCUGACAUCUCUGAAAAAGCCUGUGUACAUCUAACACUACAGCUACAUUGGAUAGUAUUGUCUGUUCCUGGUAAAGCACACACUGAUCUACUUGUACAAACAAAAGAAGAUACAAGAAGACUAUAAAAAAAUCUUCCAAAACUAUCCACAGGACUAACAGGAACACAAAUCCAAUGGACUGUGAAUGGGACCCUGAAUUUUUUGAAAACGUCCCUUAGAGAUCCUGUAUAUGCUGCAAACAGUUCACCUUAUUGUAACAUAUACAUACUCCCACUUAAGUGCCUCCCAUGCACAGCCAGCCAUUUCCUUUAAUUGUAUCUCACUCAUAUACUGUAUCUUCAAGCGAACUGAAAUGAAAGCUUCCAUUUUAAACAGAAUGGGGCUCCCCAGGUUUGUGCAUUAAAUAAACCCUGAGUCGUCUCAGCAGAGGGUCCUAUCUAGGGGUGUAUAUCCAAGUACAAAACAACUGCCUGAAGCAAUAAACUUUCAAAUAUUGUAUCCUGUAAUUUAGAACUAAUUUUUGUGCUUACAGACAAGAGACAUUAUUUGGGAAAU